CAUUUCUCGAUCAUUUCAUAUUUUGGCUGUUCAAGCAUCAAUUGAUGAAAUUUUUGAAAAUCCAAAAUAAUUUUUUUUUCGAAUGAAAUUCAUAACCAGCCAUAAAUUCAUAAAACGACGAUUCAAUUGUUUCAAUCGCCAAAAUUGAUCUUGGGUUGCUCAUCUCAUCCAAUUAUAUCCAAUUAUGAUUGUGUAAUUGUAACAACAACAAUUGUCGUCAUUCAUUUAUUUUAAAGAUUUAAAGAUUGUUUGUUUGAUUGUUUGAUUCUUGCUUUGCUCGCCAACCGAGACAUUAAAACCGCAACCAUAAAAUUAUAAAGUCAAGACUAAUAAAUCCAACUUUCAACAACACAAUUGCGAAAUUGCCAAGUGUGUGCGUGUGUGUGUGUGUGUGUGUUUGUCGUUUUUGUUAAAUUUUGAAGCAAAUUCAUCGAAAAAACAACAUUCUAAUAACUCAGGGGCAACGAUUAUAUUAUCGACAAGUCUCGUAUUACGCCCAACAAAUAGAAAAAUAUUCAUCAAAGUGAGAAAUCACGAAUAAUAAACUGAUUCAUCAUCAUCAUCAUCAAUUUGUUAGUUAAAUUUUUUGUCAACAAAAUUGCCGAAACCUGAUAUAGUCUUCAUUUUGAAUCAACUUUCACCAAAAAUCGACAAAAGUCAUUGUUUUAUAUAUAUAUUAUAAAUUAAAAUUAAUCAAUUUCAUCAGACAAAACAAUGGAACGUGAAGAACUCGUACAACGCGCCAAGCUCGCCGAACAGGCCGAAAGAUAUGAUGAUAUGGCUGCUGCCAUGAAACAAGUCACCGAAACCGGCACCGAAUUAUCGAAUGAAGAACGUAAUCUUUUAUCAGUCGCAUACAAAAAUGUUGUUGGUGCAAGACGAUCAUCAUGGAGAGUAAUCUCAUCUAUCGAACAGAAGACCGAAGGAGCUGAACGUAAACAACAAAUGGCACGUGAAUAUCGUGAAAAGGUCGAAGUUGAACUUCGUGAUAUUUGUUAUGAUGUAUUGUCACUUCUCGACAAAUACCUGAUUCCUAAAGCAAGCAAUGCAGAAAGUAAAGUUUUUUACUUGAAAAUGAAGGGUGACUAUUAUCGAUAUUUGGCUGAAGUGGCUACUGGUGACCGAAGGACGAACGUUGCUGAUGAAGCCCAAAAAGCAUAUCAAGAAGCAUUUGACAUUUCAAGAUCUAAAUUACAGCCAACACACCCUAUUCGUCUUGGUUUGGCGUUGAAUUAUUCAGUUUUUUAUUAUGAAAUAUUGAAUGCUGCUGAUCGCGCCUGUCAUCUGGCCAAACAGGCCUUUGAUGAUGCCAUAGCCGAGUUGGAUACACUCAAUGAAGAUUCAUACAAAGACAGCACUUUAAUUAUGCAGCUUCUUCGUGACAACUUAACUCUUUGGACAUCCGACACACAAGGUGAUGGUGAUGAGCAGCCAGAUGCUGGCGAUAACUGAUCAUAACCGAUCUCCUCCUUCCCCUCUUCUCUUAUUUCUUUAUCGUUCGUCGUUACAUACAUACAUACAAUACAUACACACACACACACACACAUUAUAUAAACACAUGCUUGUUUUAUUUCAUGGCAUUUGGCCCCAGUGUUUUUGAAUAAAUUUCACCAAGAAAAAAAUAAUAAUAAAAACAUCACACCAAAUAUACCACCACCAUAUUUGCAUCACAUUUACCAAUCAAAU